CUGCUGCGUCGCUCUGCUCCAGAGUGUGCGCACUCACUGCGCAAUGGCUACAGGCACAUCUGCGACCACAAACACUCGUCUUCAAAUGGAUUAUGAGACGAAGAUUUUCCCUCACACCGGCGGCUAUGGACGCUACAACCGAAUCGUGGUCGUGUUUAGUUGGUUCCCCAACUUCGCGGUCAUGCUAAAUCUAUUCAGCGACGUUUUUUACACUCUGAUCCCGGACUCGUACCACUGCAAACCGGACCCGCAGCUCCUUCCCUCCACCUUCCUUCUCAGUAACUUCUCCAGACAGGGCUACCUCAACCUCACCAUCCCCUGGGUGAACGGCACCGGUCUCAGCCACUGUGAACUCUUCAAGUACCCGCCCAACACAUCUGACUUCUCCGAAAAUGUGCCCAGGGAGAGGGUUUCCUGCACCCAAGGGUGGGAGUACGCUCAUGUUGUGGGGCUCCAGAGCAACUUUGUCACUGAGUGGGACCUGGUUUGCAGUGACUACUGGAAAAUCCCUUUGCAGCAUAUCUGCUUCAUGACAGGAUGGAUCCUGGGAUAUAUCUUCCUCGGUACACUGUGCGACUGGUUGGGUCGUCGGCAAGCUUUCCUCCUCUCCGUCAGUCUGUCCAGUCUGUUCGGGGUUGCAGUGUGUUUGUCCAGCAGUGCUGUGGUGUUUCUGCUGCUGCGUCUCUCACAAGGUGCCAUGCUCGCCGGGGUGUUUGUGUCCUCGUACGUUGCCAGGUUGGAGCUGUGUGACCCUCCCCAUCGUCUCAUGGUUGCUAUGGUCAGUGGCUUCUUUGCCGUGUUUGCAGAGCUGCUGUUGCCGGGCAUUGCUGUUCUGUGCCGCGAUUGGCCCAUUCUCCAGGCUGUGGCCACUUUGCCUCUGCUCCUGCUGCUUUCCUAUUGGUGCUGUGCAUCAGUGUUUCCUGAGUCUCCUCGCUGGCUUUUGGCCACAGCUCAGAUUCCUCAGGUGAAGAGGAGUCUCCAGGAAUUCUCCAUCAGGAACGGUAUUUGUCUGCGAGAUGAAAUCUACCCUGGUGAAACCCUGCUGUCAGAAAUAGAUUCAGCGUAUGGAGAAGACAGUCGACCGAGGUACCAUUCAGUUCUGGAGCUGCGUCAGACUCGUGUUAUCUGGAAGAACUGCCUCAUACUCAGCUUCACUCUAUUCAUUGGAACAGGCAUCCAGUACUGUUUCACCAGAAACCUGCACAGUUAUUCCACCAACUUCUACUUCAGCUACUUCCUCAGAGUGAUAACCGGAGCGCUGGCCUGCAUCUUCAUCUGUCUGUCUGUCAAUCACUUUGGUCGCCGUGGUAUUCUUCUGCUCUCGGCCAUUAUCACUGGACUGUCAUCGCUGCUGCUGCUGGCGCUCACUCAGUAUCUGCAUGGAGGCCUGGUGCUGGUGCUGUCUGUCGUGGGCCUGCUGUUUUCUCAGGCGCUCGCCAUGCUCAGUGUGUUCUUCGCCUGCGAGGUGAUGCCAACUGUAGUUCGAGGUGGUUGCCUCGGCCUGGUGCUGGCAGCAGGAUGUGUUGGCAUGGCUGCCUCCUCCCUGAUGGAGCUCCAGAGUAACAGCGGCUACUUCCUCCACCAUGUCAUCUUCGCCUCCUUCGCCGUCCUCUCUGUUCUCUGCAUAAUGCUUCUGCCUGAAAGCAAACGCAAGCCGCUCCCAGACUCCCUGAAGGAGGGCGAGUGCCAGCGACGACCACCUCUCUUCCUGUCCCGGCCGGACAGGGACAAUCUGCCUUUACUGUGCACCCGGCCCCCUUUGUCAGAGUACAAUCCUAACAACUAUUACCGCCUGGUUUCUUCCACCAAGAGGAUGUUGACUAAAGAUAAUUUGCCUUAUAGAAUCACUGUGCCAACUCAUCCCCCGCUGCUGUCAGACAGUGAAUCACAGGGACAAGAGAAUGAGACACUGAGAGAGGUCCUGUCUUAAGAAACUCCUCAUCCUCCUCUAUGCAGACUUGGAUUAUUCCUCCUCCUUCAAGACAUACCUCUGACAGUUUGCCAUCAGCCUUCACUGAAUUAUUGUUUGAGUCAGUGGCUGGUCAUAACUCAGCUGAAGAUCUGGCCUCAGUGCACUUUAGAGCGAUGGUUCCAAGUCUGUCAAUUUCCAGCCAUAAAUCAGUGUCUUGUUAUAUUUUACACUUGAAGUCAUUUCUGUGCAGUGGCAUUUUCUCCUGUGGAUUCAGCUAGGGCAACUGUUUAGGGGAUUUUUUUUGUCAUCUAAACCAAUGCAAGGUCUAGAAAAGUCCCCCUUUGAACUGUGACAUUGCAUCUUAUUUUUUUCUGUGGUGUAUUCCUAUCAACAUGGUCACACAUUCGAUACCUUCGGCCAUUCCAGUUGAAAUCACACUGCUCGUCUGAGUGGAGGCAUUCAAGCCACAUUUUUGGACACUAGUUUCAUCAGCGAAGCUCACUCAACUGUGCGGCCUCUGGUGACCAUGUGAGCAGCAGGUCUUUGUCCAUUUAUUGGUAACUCAUGCACUUUUCAUUAAGUCUGUUCAUCUGAUUCACCAGCAGUGUCUCAGGGCUGAGGACCACCAGGACACACAAGGCUGGCUCAUGCCAUUGUUGUAGCAGCCUUGUGUUAUACUUGUGAUGCACACAAGAGGGUGCUAAAUGAUGCACUGGGCACUGAAUCAAGGAACCACUGCAGUAUUUAACGACAGUGUAUUCCUUAAGCAUUUUAAUGUUUCCAUAAGCCACUAACAAGCCUUGUUAAUCCAGAAAAUCAAAAAUGAGAUGAUGGUGAAUUGUGUCUGUGGCUGACAAGUUUAUAUACUCUAUAAACCACUUAGUUAGGUUACCAACUAUUAUUUUAAAAGAUGCUUUUCCUCAACAUGGUUUUCUCUUCAAACACUGAUGAAUCUGCAAAUGUACUAACCACUGGAGCUGGCAGACAAAGUGAAUCACCCUGUGAUUAUGAAUUGUGUCCUCAGCAUCACAUUGGUUGAAAGUUUUAGAAUUUAACAGAACCAACUUUAAAUGAAGGGCAUUUGAUAUUUUCACCAGAACUGCCUUAAACCUCUGAGUCUUUUUACACGUUUCUCUAUUUAAUAUUAGCAUGCAACGUGUUCUCAUUUUUUAAUGCCUUUAUAGGUUGUUAAGUGAAUGUAACUUCAUCAGCACUGUCCCUGAUAGGAUGUGGAGCUACUCUCCAAGGUUACCUUUUGUGUGUGUGUGUGUUAUGAGAAAAACAUACUACUUGAUCAUCCUUCAGGAGAUUUUAUUGUGUCAUAGUUUGUACAGUGGCAGUCAGAAUUUACCUACAGUGAGUGAACUUCAAUUACUUUUGUAUAAAUUAAGUUUCUACACUUAAUCAUUGAACCUCAUUAUACAGUUGGUUUUUUUUUUCAAUGUAAAAUUUCUGUUUCUAUAUUUGCCUGAAGAUAUUAUUAAGUGAAAACCUCAGAAACUAAGAAAUGUUGACUUAUUUUUAUCAUAACUAUCAUGCCAUCAGUGCACAGAACAAAAUCGAGUUAACAUUUCCUACCCCAAAGUGGAGCAUCUUAUCUGUAAAUUACAUUCAAAACAUACAAAUCAACAAAACUGUAGUGAAAGCUGCAGUGAUGUGUUGCAUCUUUCAGAUGUAUUACUCUCUUAGAACACUAGAUGGAGCUCUUAUCUCAGAAAUAUUGACAUUGUUUAUUUUUGUGUAUUUGAGUUCAUUGAGAUUACACUUCGACAGCAUGUUCUGGUCAUUACACACUCUUUUGGACAGUUUCAUGGUAAAACAGCCAGAUGAGCUGAAACUUUGACUCAGGUCUAAAUAAACUAAACUUGCUCUGGCAUGGUAA